AGCAACCUUGGGGCACGGGCGCAGGCAACAGCAGGCGAGUUUUUUGACAGCAUGAAAACACUUGGCUGCUCUUUUUGAUAACAAGCAGACACACAAUAAACAACGAAAAAGAGGGUAGCUCCCUGCAACAUUCAACGUUGGUUUCCGUGCGAGCCGUGCGUGAUAAGCGUGUGUGUGCCCGUGUGUGUGAGGGAACCGUGCAAAAUCACUGUGUGUGUGCCUGUGCGUGUCGCAGUGCCCCCAAAAGGUGGGCUAGAGCGAGCGGAGUAGGGGAGGGGGGGUGCAAAAUGGCGAACGUGCGUCGGGCGAUGGCUACUGGUGGUGCUAGGCGGGCGGCAGCAGCCUGCACGUCGUCGUAAACAGGUCGUCGUAAAUUGCUCGCUCCAAAACAAAUCGCCUCCAGCGCAACGAACCGAAGACGUGGGUGUUUGUGUGUGGGGAGGGGAAGGGUAUCCUGCAAGCCCGCGCGUUAGUGUGAAGAAAUUAAAAAAAAAGUGAAUAAAAAACCAAACGGAAGGAAUACGGAGCAGCACAUACGGAGUGUUCUAAACACACACACACCCAAAACGCGCGCUCCGUUCGCUAGUGGUUGUAUAGUGGUUUUGGGAAGUGUGGAGUGCGUGCGGCAGAGAACCGGAAAGCGAAAAAUUGUGGUGUGUGGUGGGCGCGCGUAGGUGUUGCCGAGAACCGCAGCAGGGGUGGUGGGCGGUGGCAUGCUGUUAUCGGUGGUGGUGGUGGUGGCGGUGUAGCGGACACCACAGCCCUUUCGGAAGUGCGUUCGGGCGGCGCGAGUCCCCGACCGAUUGCCGCAGCCUGCCCAGAACUCUGUGACUUCCUCCCUGUGGCUGAAAGGAUGUGGUGGUGGUGGUGGUGGCGUGCGUAAUCAACCCGCCUCCGCCCACACGACGAACCCCCUCUUUUUUUGGGUGCAUCCCUCCUCUGCAAUCAGUUCUGCAGUUCAACAACAACAACACAACCCCCAUCCCCAAACCGAGUCGGGAGGUGGUCGGUUGCUGUGGAGUUGGCAAAGAUUUUUGGACAAAACCACAAAUACAACAAACGGGAAAAAGAUUUAAAGAGAAAAAAAAAUCAACCCCACCCACCCCCGUGACCGUGAACAUCCGUGAACCAAUCUGCCUGCACGAAGCACGAUGCACAGCUUCUUCAAUGAAAUGGCACGUGAUUCGACCAUGGGAAGAGACCGAGUACUAGUCGUGCCGAACACCGGUAUCGCCCUGAACAGCAGCAGCUCAUCGUCGCAGAUAGCGGCACCGGCCGACAUUAGCCAGCAGAUCCUGGAGCUACAAAAGGAGCAGGAGCUCGAGAAGCAGAAACUAUGGCACGCGUUCCAGGAGAAGAAUAAGGAGCUCGAGAUGCAGCACCGCCAGCAGCUGGAGCACAAAUUUCAGGAGUUACGCGAUCAACGGAUAGCGGAGGAAGCGGCCCAGCAGCGGGAGCGGCGGGAACGGGAAGCGAUCAAGCGCAAGGAAAAGCACGAGUGCUGUGCGAACGCGAGCUCGGAGGUGAAACAGAAGCUACAGACUUUCCUGAUACAGAAGAAACAGGCCGCUGCAUCGAAUGGGUUAUCUUCCCCGCUGCCGUACAGAAAUUGGGGCGUCGUCAAAUCAUCGUCCGGUGAGUCACUCCCGGGCGGUGCCGUUGCAGCGGCCGUUAGCUCCCAUCCGUACAAAAUCCCUCCGCCGCCGAGCUCGAUCGCGAAGUACGAUCCGGACUUUCCGCUCCGCAAGACAGCAUCCGAACCGAACCUGCUGAAAAUUCGCCUCAAGCAGCGGGUGAUCGAGAAGCGCUCGCUGAACGGGCCACUGGCCGCCCGCCGCCAGGAGCGCCUGCGCCGGCUCCAGAAGCAGCAGCACAACCAGGCGCUCGCGCAAACAAAUUGUGCGGCGUCGGCUAGCGUCGCUACAACCGAUUCGGGCCCGAAUUCGCCACCGACCGUGGGCAGCCGCGCUUCGCCCACGAACGCACCGAUCCAGGAGGAGAACGAGGACCCACAGUACGGCUCGGUAACGUCCCGUGCCAGCAUCAACGAUCUGUCGCUGUUCAGCUCCCCCUCGAUGCCCAACAUUUCGCUCGGCCGGCCGCACCUGGGCUCGUCUGCCGCCGCCUCCGUUGCUCAUCUGGCUCUGAACGCAACCAGACCGACGCAUCUCGGCGUGGGGGCAAGCAGCGUACCGUUCGGCAGUCCGAUGCUGGACCUGAGCGAGCAGCAGCAGCGCAGCCAGAACGUAGCGGUGGCUGCGGCGGCUGCUGCGGCCGCUGCUGCGGCUGCCGCCGCCGCCAGCGGCGUGGUCGGGCUGGAGCGGGCCCACCUGGCCGCCGGUGGGCUGCAUGGGGCGGCUGGGCCCGGUUCCGCCGCCAGCCUCUACCACCACCAGCCCUCGAUCACGGACGCGCACGUGGCCCAGGCCCGGCUGCACAAGCAGGGGCACCGGCCGCUCGGGCGCACCCAGUCGGCGCCGCUCCCGCUCGGCCACCCGAUGCUGGCCGGGGCCAACAGUGCAGCGGCGGCCAUGAUGAACAUCAACCAGACGCACUUUGAGAACAGCGAGGCUGAACGGCAGGCGUACGAGCAGCACAUGCUGAUGAAGCAAAAGAUACGCCAGACGGCACUGACGCGCGCCGCCAACUGCGUCAACCGCGAGCCGCAGCUGCGCGAGGAGGUCGAAUCGAACGAGGUAAUCGAUCUGACCGACAAGAAGCAGCCGCCGAAGACGGUGCUGGCGAGCAGCGUCAUCAAGAGCACCUCCCAGUCGCACCUGCUGUCGUCGUCGUCGCACGGCGUCGACGGCGAGCCGCCGACCGCCCAGCAGCAGCAGCAGCAACAGCAGCAGCACCUGUCCGAGCUGAUCCACCAGCAGCAGCACUAUCACCGCGAGCGGGAGCUCUUUAUGCGCCGAUCGAUACAGCUGUCCGUGCUGGAGGACCCGUACUCGCACCAUGCGGGCAGCGCGGGCGGCAGUGGCGGUGCAGCGGCAGCAGCGGCGGCGGCAGCGGCCGCCGCCAACCUGCUGCGACCACUGUCUCGCACCUCCUCCAGCCCGCUAGUGCAUCUGAGCUCGAUCGGAGGCGGUGGGGGCAGUGGAAGCGGCUCGGGCAGCGCCCAUCCGACGGCCCAGCAAAGCAUGUUCUCCGACACUGGGCAGGGGGCGGGCGGUGACGACGAUCUGCCACCGCCAGUGAACCUGACCGUGCAGAACCGUAGCCGCUCGCUGCUCAGCUACACGCACGAGGGGCUGGCGGCGGCGAUGGCAUCGGCGUCAUCCUCCUCCUCCUCUCCCGCAACAGCCGGCGCGCUCGGUGGGGCGGCCGGGACGUCAUGCGGCAGCCCGCCCGGAAUGGCUCUGCAGCUCACUACCUCCUCGUCCGCGUCCGCCAUCAUCGGGGCGAGCCGCGAGCAGAAGCUGCGCCCCGCCACCACCGGGCUCGCGUUCGACAGCCUGAUGCUGAAGCACGUGUGCGCGUGCGGGGACAACGCGAACCACCCGGAGCACAGCGGCCGGCUGCAGAGCAUCUGGGCCCGGCUGCUCGGCACCGGGCUCGCCAUCCGCUGCGACAAGCUGCGGUCGCGCAAGGCGACCCAGGAGGAGCUGCAGACGGUGCACACCGAGGGGCACGCGCUCCUGUUCGGCACCAGCCAGCUGAACCGGCAGAAGGUGGACACGAGCCGCGUCAGCUUCGUGCGGCUGGCGUGCGGCGGCGUUGGCGUCGAUCUCGACACCACCUGGAACGAGCAUCAUACGGCGGCGGCGGCCCGCAUGGCCGCCGGCUGCGUCAUCGACCUGAGCUACAAGGUGGCGCGGGGCGAAAACCGGAACGGGUUCGCGGUGGUGCGGCCCCCCGGCCACCACGCCGAGGCGGACGCGGCCAUGGGCUUCUGCUUCUUCAACUCGAUCGCGCUGGCGGCCCGGCUGCUGCGCCACCGGAUGCCGCACGAGAUGCGCCGCAUCCUGAUCGUCGACUGGGACGUGCACCACGGGAACGGCACGCAGCAGGCGUUCUACGACGACGCGUCCGUCCUGUACCUGUCCGUGCACCGGCACGACGAUGGCAACUUUUUCCCGGGCACCGGCGGCCCGGCCGAGUGCGGGGUCGGCACCGGCCUCGGCUACAACGUGAACGUGGCCUGGUCCGGCGGCGUCAACCCACCGCUCGGCGACGCGGAGUAUCUGGCCGCGUUCCGCACGGUGGUGAUGCCGAUUGCGCGCGACUUUGCGCCGGACAUUGUGCUCGUGUCGGCCGGUUUCGAUGCGGCCGUCGGGCAUCCGGCCCCGCUCGGCGGCUACGUGGUGUCGCCUGCCUGCUUCGGCCAUCUGACGCGCGAACUGAUGCAGCUCGCCAAUGGGAAGAUUGUGCUCGCGCUAGAGGGCGGUUACGAUCUGCCUGCCAUUUGCGAUUCGGCCGAGGAGUGCGUGCGGGCACUGCUCGGCGAAAGCACCUCCUCGAUCGCACCGUCCGAGCUGGCUCGGCCCCCGUGCCAGGCAGCGGUCGAGACGCUGCAGAAAACGAUCGCCAUCCAGGUGUCGCACUGGCCGUGCGUCAAGCGGCUCGCCCACACGGUCGGCCUGUCCGCGCUCCAGGCGCACAGCAGCGAACGGGAAGAGUCGGACACGGUGACCGCGAUGGCCGGACUGUCGAUGCAGCCCCUAAAGAGAACGUCCGAUGUGUCCUGCGAAGACUCCGAGGAACCGAUGGACCAGGAUGAGUCCAAAUAAUUGUAAAUAAGUAUGUGCGUGUGUAUGUGUGUAUGUGCGUGUGCGUGUGGUGGAGAGUGGGGCAAGACAAAACCUCCCCCCUCCCACCUGUCACCACGAGCACGACCUUUGCUCGUGAGCGUGAAAAAAAAACACAUUUUUUGACUAUCGUUUAGCUAUUGGGAUCGAUUAGGCUGUCGUUUGAUAGAAGAAGAAAAAACGAACAGAAAUAUAGAUUGGAUAGAGGGGGAUAGAUAGAGAGAGAGAGAGAGAGAGAGAUUGAAAGCGAUACCUACGGUAGGAAUUUCCAGGCGUGGAAAAGUGAAACUUUUCCAAUUGGAUGGAAGUUGUUGUGUUAAUACUUUUUUUCUGUUUUGUUUUGUAAUCCCUAUUUGUGGGCACGCUCAGAAUGUUGCUAGUUGUUUCCUCUAUACGUGAAUGUGUGUGUGUGUGCGUGUGUGUUUGUAUCGUGUGGAUUGGGACACAGCACCGUGUGCAGUUGGGCGGCCCGCGUCAACCACGGGUAGAGGUCGGGCGGAUGUCUUUGGAACGAAUCGAUGUGAUGUGUUAAAUGUUGAACCAUAUUUUUUGUUAUAUCGACUGCACGGUGCAGCUGGUAUCCACACCCACAUACUCGCACAAACACACGGCCACAUAACCGCAUACACACACACAUAUACACACAAACCAUCUUCAUAUUAGGUUACUAUUGGCAAUAACUUUUAAAGUGGGAUAAUCGUAACAGCAAAAAAACACAAUGAACAGAGAACGGCAGAGUAUGUGGGUUGGUGGAUGUUUGUGUGUGUGUGUGUGUGUGUGUGUGUGUGUGUGUGUGUGUGUGUGUGUGUGUGUGUGUGUGUGCGCGCGCGUUUGUGUGUGUAUGCUCAUGUGGGUGGCGGGGGAAGUUGUUCAUUAGGAUCGAUUUGUUCAUCGAAACGUGCAAUUAUUCAAGCGGGGAGGGGUGCAGGAUAAUAAUACUUAACAGUUUAGCUAUUGUACGCGUUUUGUGAAAGCGUAAAGCGUAAAAAUUGAAUGUUAGCAAAGGUGUUUGUUCUUCUGUGGCUGGAACGGGGGAUGAGAGUGUUUGCGUCCGUUGUGUGUACGCAAACCUUCUUUUUUCCUCUCCGCAUUGUGCAUAUAUGGAUUAUAUAGAUGGAACAGAAGAAUAAGAAGAAGAAACAAAAAAAAAUCUUUCAUAUUUAAUAAUAGUAGAAAUAAUUUGUUGGACAGGUCCGCAACGGAAACGAAACAAACGAGCUGAGAGAGAGAGAGAGCGAGCGAGAAAUAGAGGUAAAGGAAAAGAGAAUAAGAUAACAGUACGAAAACAAACAAAGGAUUAACAAACAAAUCAAACAAACAAACAAAUCUAUUAUACGAAAAGAGAGCGAGAGAGAGAGAGAGAGAGAGAGAGAGAGAGAGAGAGAGAGAAAACAAACACUCACACUUACACAUGUUGAAAACUAAAUACUGCGUCUACUGCUUUUUGUAAUUGUGCGAGCCGCGGUUGUAGACUAUAUGUUUUUCUUUUGAAAAAAAAUAUACAUAUGUCGUAAUGAGUUC